GCCUCCGUGCGUCGCGUCAUUGGUCACGUGACGCGGGCCCUGAGUCAGAGCGCAGCUGGUUCUCGGGCGGCGACCCCAACUCUGCUCACCACCACCAUCCUCCUCUUACCACAACCCCAACACCUCUCGGAAGGGGGACUCAUCUCCCCCCUCAUUCAAACUUAUACAUGGUCUUCGGACCGCUCAUGUCGCUUGCACGCGCAGUUGUUCCUCUCGUUUCACUCCACCCUCGCCCUUCCCCUUCGCGUCCCCUGUCUUCUGCUUCGUAGGACCCGUGGUUCGGCGUAGUGUCUGUGUCUCCCGACACGCCGUGAUGGCAUCCAACCUUUCGCCCGCCAUUGCCGCCUCCAAAGCAGCUAACAACACAAAGACAAGCUCGACGUCGGGCCAGCUUUCUCCAGCGUCGUCGCAGGCAUCCUCUAUACCCGUCGGCGGCCAGUACCCGCCGCAGCGAACGAGUGGGGUACACGGACAAUCACGGGCUGGACCUACCCCUCGCAACAACCAACAUCAGCGCAAACAGAACAAGUCCAGCAAACGAUACGUGCGCUUGGCAGAUGAGGAUGCCAUUGCGGAAUCCGUGUGUUCCUCUGCCUUUGCCCGCACGAAACCUGCGGUGACGUCAAGCAUUCACUGACGCCCUUCCAGGUCGCCAUGAAGUCGUCCACUUCUCGGAAGGGCCAAACGUCCAUCACCCAUCUUAUGAAUUUCUCGCUGCCUCCUCGUCCGCAUCACCAUUAUCAGCAUAGUCACAGCCAUCGCAGCUAUCGCAGGAACCCGACCUGGGGUCUGGGUUCUGGCUAUCACGCAGUAGACAAGGCUAGAUACGUGCACGCCAACUAUCGCUUCAUCGUCGAUCCAAGGGGUGAUUACCACAGCCAAAGUGUUGAUCCUGACGUGUACCCCGACUGGAGCAAUGUUCUCCAGAUCCUUGCGUCGUCACAAUCACAAGUCGCCUCCUGCCCAAUCUGCCUAGGCGAACCAACUGCGCCUAGGAUGGCCAGGUGUGGACAUAUCUUCUGUCUUCCGUGUCUGAUUCGCUUCAUGCACGCGGACGACGAGUCGAAACGCAUUCCCGAGAAGAAGGCUAGGUCAAAGAGGUGUCCCAUCUGCGAGGACACUAUCUAUAUGUCAGAGACCAGGCCAGUCAGAAUGUACCAGGGCCAAGAGGGCUUGCCUCCAAUGGAAGGCGGUGACGUAGUCCUACGCCUAGUCAAGCGAGAUGCAGGCAGCACUCUUGCGCUCCCCCGCGACGGCGCUACGUCGCUGCGAAAGGACGAGGAUAUACCUUGGUAUUUUGCAGCUGAGGUCAUGGACUUUGCGCAUAUUAUGAAGGGCACAGAGGACUACAUGCUGUCGCAACUCGAUAACGACAUUGAGGCGGUCAAGCUGCAAGAACAGGAAGACGCGCUGAUGUUCCCAGACGACACUUCGGAAUGGUCGCGUCGGGCUGUGCGCAUGCUCGAAGAGGCCAAGGAGAAGGUCAAGGGCAUCGGUGGUCCGGUUGCCGCUGUUCAGCCACCUGCGGAGACCGUCAGGGAACGUGCGCCCAUUGAGUUUCACCCUGAAUCCUCUGCGCCGGCGAUGUACAACAUCCAACACGCGUCCGGCUCCGGCCAAAGCGUGUCUGAAAUAAGCUCUGUCCAAACGUCGCCUCCAACAAGCAUCGCCUCGGCUGAACAAUCCGAUGUUCAACGUAAGCAGCUUGCUCCCCCGCAACCACGCCUCUCAGGGCAUCAACACGGCCACAGUGGAAACCAGGCACCGCCUGUGUAUUAUUACUACCAAGCACUUCUACACUAUUAUCUUUCACCACUAGACAUCCGGAUUCUUCGCGAGGCAUUCGGACAUUUUUCUUGCUUUCCGGCGACGAUCUUACCUCGCGUUGAGCGCGUAUCUACUGGGCACGUUGUUGACGACGAGCUGAGGAAGCGGACAAAAUAUCUCGCGCAUCUUCCGUACGGCUGCGAGGUCAACUUCCUCGAGUGUGACUGGACGGACACGGUUGCGCCCGAGGUGCUCGAGAAGUUCAGGCCAGAAAUUGAGCGGCGUCGCAAGAGGAACGAGGAGAAAGAGGCGAGAGAGGAAAAGGCGCGUCUCAAUGCGGAGAAGGAAGAGGAGAAAAGAUAUGCACAUCUUCGGCGCAGGAGGCCUGACUCUGUAACGCAUGCAUGGACUGAGGAAGACUUCCAGCCUCUAGGCCGUUCCGAAGCCAUUGAAGGCGACGUGGCCGCCGUGACUGGUGGUACGGGAGCCUCUCCACCUUGGGCCACAUCCCGACAGGGCUCUGCUUUCGCCUCUUUGGCAUCGAUCUCGACGUCACCCAACACUGCUAGGACGGUGUGGGGCACUGCAGCUGUUCCGCCAUCUUCUCCACCUCUUUACGCUGAGGCGGAAAGAGAACCUGUCGACGAUGGCUGGCUUCAGGGCUGGGAGAAAGAUCUUCUGCAAGAAGAGGACAUUGUGGCGCAAGUACAGGCCCUUUCAUUGGGCGAAAGCUCAAAGUCCGGGGCAGCUUCUCGCAACGCCAGCGGCGGAGGAGGUGGAAAGAAGAAGAAGAAACAGAAAAUUACGCUCAUGAGCACGACGACGCGACGAGGCGCUUGAAGAAAGAGCGUCACUUGGGCUACUUGACAACGGAUUACGGGGUAUGUGGGAAGGCGUUGGUUCGCACAAGCGUCUACACGUACACAAUCCUAUUUGCUGGAGCAAUGCAGCUGUUUGCUGUCAGCUGAAUCCUUUUGCUGAUGUAUUAAUUUAGCGAAGUAGAGUCGGACAGAGACAUAAAGAAGAAUUUAGUACUGCUCUGCAAGAAAUGAUCUAGUGUGAUAGGGGAUACAA